AUGGCGAAGAAAAGCAGAGUGAGGGCCCUUCUGACCGCAACAACCAGGGCCGAAGUACAACCAUCCUUAGAAACGCAGCCCGCCGUUGUGGCCCUCCCUUCUCAGCAACCUUCUUCGUCUCGCCCUUCCAAACGUGCCCGAUCAGUAUCGACCGAACAGCAACUUGUCGAUGAGGUCAAAUCCAUCCCCCAAAGUCCUCAACCUGCCCCCCAACCGGAGCAAACUGACCGAGCAGAAUCUUCGAAAUGGGCUCCGCAGCUGACCUUCAACGACCGAGACAUCAAAGCUACUGAUUCGGUUGUUGCCGAAAAAGAUCAUCUAUUGGCUUUUAAUCUGGCCAAAAGUGUGUGCCUCUCCAAGGACAUGGAGCACCACCUCAAGCAAUUGAACACCGAGAUGAAGUCCAUCCGGUCUACAUCGAAGUCCAUGAUUUUGGCCUUACAGAAGAACAACGUGACUUACAAGAAAGUCCAGGAGCUUAGAAAAACCACAAGGCAGGCAAUGGUUGAAGCCGAAGCAAAAGCGGCCGAGCUAGAAGAAGCCGAAAAGAAAAUGGCCGAGCUACAAGCGGAGAACGGCCGUCUUGCCGAUCUGGUUAGUUCGGCUGAGGCAGAGAGGCAGAAAGCGGCUAUUGCUAUGAAGGACAAAUAUCUGCGCGAGCUGGUAAAACUUGAAAAGAAAAAAGAUACCGAAAUAAGCCAACUAAAAAAGAGCGUGGAGGCGGCCGAAAAGCAGGGUUACAAGCAGGGUUACAAGAAGGCGGAUGAAGCAUAUGUGAAACAGUGCGAUGCUGCCAAGGAGUUGUUCUUCAACCGGAGAAAGGAGGAAGACGAAGGAGGGGGAGGGGGAGGGGGAGGAAGGAAUGGAGGGGGUGGAAGCGGAGGAGGUGGAGGCGGCGGAGGAGGUGGCCGUGAUCGUGGAUACGGAGGCGGCGGCGGCGGCGGAUCUAGAUACUCCAGGGGAGGGGGUGCCUCAGAUGGAAACUGGAGGAAUUAA